GACAAAACAGUUUGAUACAUACUAUAAUAGAAUUGGUAAAUAUAUAUAAAUAAUAAAUAUCUAAUUGAAGUGAAAAUAAAAAUAUCGUAUGUAGUUAGAAAUGAAAUAAAUACAGUUUUACUACCUUAGUCAACUGAUCUACAUGAGUUUAGAUUUAGAAGAAGCUAACGAAACACAACAACUGAUGCAAAAUGAAGGAGAAGAGGAAGAACAAAAAGUUCAACCCUCAACUUCACCAGUUACAAGUAAUAAGAUGUCAAGUGGAGCCGCGAGUCUCACAUCGAAAAACCCUCAAAACAUCACUAGUGCAGGCAACAGUAGCGUAAAUGAUUCUACAAAAUUGUCCUAUGUUAACGAAAAGAGAUUACAUCGCGACUUUAUGCGGACAAAUACAAAACCAAAACACAUUCCAAAAGAAACGCCAGAUGUGAAGCAUAUGGAGAAAGCUCUUCUAGAAUUACUUGACGAUUUUCAUACAGGGAAGCUGAGUGCUUUUGGUACCGGGUGUAGCAUGGAGCAGAUGAUCAAUAUAAGAGACCAGCAAGAGAAUUUGGCACGGCUUCAUUUCAGUUUGUAUGGUGAUGCUGAGAAACCUACUGAAGACAGUUUUGAAAAUAGUUCUAAUGAUAAAAUGGGUCAACUGGUGCAAAGUUUGGAGCAAUUGUCAGCAUCCAUUGAGCUACUCCAAUCUAAUGGGGCAGGAAAUUCAAGUAGUAGCAAAGAAUAAAUUUAUUUUUAUAUUUUUUAUAUGGUGUAUGUAAAUGGUUUCUAAUUAUUUAUGUUGAUUUGAACACAAAUGUUAAAUUUGAUAUAUAUAUAUUGUGUGAUAUUUGGAAGAAUUCCAGCAACAGAUAUUUUAUUGUAUACCAAACUUCUUUGUUUUUGUAAAACUCUUGAAAAUGUUAUUUUUAAUAAAUGUUGGAUUAUGGGCAAUUCACCUAAA